UGCGCAGAAGCCCGAGCAGGGCGGGGAGCGCAAGACUUCGCGCCGCGCGCCUGCGCAGAAGGCUUCGUGGCGCGGCGGCGGCCAAGGCCCGCGCAGAGUGAGUGGCGCUGCGGGUGGGGCAGUCGGCGGCGCUGGUGAGGGAACGCGGAGCCGUCGCCGCAGCCUCCGCCGCCGAGAAGCCCUUGUUCCCGCUGCCGGGAAGGAGAGUCUGGUGCCGACAAGAUGGCGGACGGGGAGCUGAACGUGGACAGCCUCAUCACCCGCCUGCUGGAGGUACGAGGAUGUCGUCCAGGAAAAAUUGUGCAGAUGACGGAAGCAGAAGUUCGAGGUUUAUGUAUCAAGUCUCGUGAGAUCUUUCUCAGCCAACCUAUUCUUUUGGAAUUGGAGGCACCACUGAAAAUUUGUGGAGAUAUUCAUGGACAAUAUACAGAUUUGCUGAGAUUAUUUGAAUAUGGAGGUUUCCCACCAGAAGCCAACUACCUUUUCUUAGGAGAUUAUGUGGACAGAGGAAAGCAGUCUUUGGAAACCAUUUGUUUGCUAUUGGCCUAUAAAAUCAAAUAUCCGGAGAACUUCUUUCUCUUAAGAGGAAACCAUGAAUGUGCUAGCAUCAAUCGCAUUUAUGGAUUCUAUGAUGAAUGUAAACGAAGAUUUAAUAUUAAAUUGUGGAAGACCUUCACUGAUUGCUUUAACUGUCUGCCUAUAGCUGCCAUUGUGGAUGAGAAGAUCUUCUGUUGUCAUGGAGGACUGUCACCAGAUCUGCAAUCUAUGGAGCAAAUUCGAAGAAUCAUGAGACCCACUGAUGUCCCUGAUACAGGUUUGCUCUGUGAUUUGCUGUGGUCUGACCCAGAUAAGGAUGUGCAAGGUUGGGGAGAAAAUGAUCGUGGUGUUUCCUUCACUUUUGGAGCUGAUGUAGUCAGUAAAUUUCUGAAUCGUCAUGAUUUAGACUUGAUUUGUCGAGCUCAUCAGGUAGUGGAAGAUGGUUAUGAAUUUUUCGCUAAACGACAAUUGGUAACCCUAUUUUCAGCCCCAAAUUACUGUGGCGAAUUUGACAAUGCUGGUGGCAUGAUGAGUGUGGAUGAAACUUUGAUGUGUUCAUUUCAGAUACUGAAACCAUCUGAAAAGAAAGCUAAGUACCAGUAUGGUGGACUGAAUUCUGGACGCCCUGUCACUCCACCUCGAACAGCUAAUCCACCGAAGAAAAGGUGAAGAAAGGAAUCCUACAAAGAAACCAUCAGCUUUGUUAAGGACAUACUUCAUAAUAUAUAAGUGUGCACUGUAAAACCAUCCAGCCAUUUGACACCCUUUAUGAUGUCACACCUUUAACUUAAGGAGACGGGUAAAGGAUCUUAAAUUUUUUUCUAAUAGAAAGAUGUGCUACACUGUAUUGUAAUAAGUAUACUCUGUUAUAAUGCUCAAUAAAAUUAAAUCCAAAUUCAAAAUUAUCCAUUAAAAUUACACCUUCACAUAUCUAAAUUUUUAAAGUUGAAAAGCAUCCCAGUUAAACUAGAUGUGAUAGUUAAACCAGAUGAAAGCAUGAUGAUCCAUCUGUGUAAUGUGGUUUUAGUGUUGCUUGGUUGUUUAAUUAUUUUGAGCUUGUUUUGUUCUGUUUGUUUUUGCUAGAAUAAUGGCAACUAUUUUAUUUUUUUCCCCCUAAACAUUUUAAAAAAUGAAAUGUGGAAGAGCUUUAAAGGUAUUCAACUCACCAUUUCCUUUGCUUAUCUACUUAUGUACCUUUUUGAUCUUAAUAAAACAACUUACGCAUUAUUACAGGAAAAAGAAAUUCUCAAGAUUGAUACUUCUAAAAAUUGUGCAGACAGUCCAAUCUAGUGAUUUUAAUCAGUUUGACUGGGCAAACUUUAUACCUAAUAGUGAAUAUUUUGCUUUUUACAAAAAUAGCCACUGAUUUGGAUUUGUGCACUCUAAUUUUUAACUUAUUGAUGCUCUAUUGUGCAGUAGCAUUUCAUUUAACUUAAAGAUAAUGCUCAUAUAGUAUUUCCCAACUAGUUGGUAAUGUGAUUACGUGGUACUUUGGCUUUAGGUUUUAAUUCGCACGAAACACCUUUUGGCAUGCUUAACUUUCUGGUAACACCUUCACCUGCAUCGAUUUUGUUUUUUGGGUUUUUGUUGUUUUGUUUGUUUUAAGAUCCACAGGACAUGAGAAUCCUUUUUGACAAGCCUUGGAAAGCUGACACUAUCUCUUUUUCCUCCCUCUAUACGAAGGAUAUAUUUAAUGAAUUCUGAUCAGUUGAGACAGUUUAUCAACCAUGGGUAUUGGGUGCUUCACUAUCUAAUAUUGCCAUGUGAAUGUUGUAUACAGUUGUAAGGCUGUGUCACUAAAGAUUUUUAUUCUGAUUUUUCAUUAUCAAAGGUCAUACGAUAUUGUAUAGAUAUGCUUUGUAGUGAGCUAUAGUAGCAAUAAUUUCUGUACAUGAUCAAGAGUUUAUUGCAUUUCUUUUUCCUGUUUCUCUCUCUCUCUCUCUCUCUCUCUCUCUCUCUCUCUCUCUAAGGGUUAGCAUUAACAAAUGGCAAGAAGUAGAAAAGUCAACAUAAAGAUUUUAAGAGAACUUCUAGAACACAGAUUUGUGAUUCUUAGAUAUGACAUUGUCAGAUGGGAUUCUAAAAUCCUUUAUUGAGCGUUGUCAAAUUUGUGAGCUUCAUAGGGAUGGACAUCAUAUUUAUAAUGCCCUUCUAUGUGCUACCAUGGAUGUGAAAUUCUUGACCUUAACUAUUGUCUUUGAAAACAAUACUUUGAGAAUUCUGUUAACUUACAUUUUAUAGAUUGGCGCAUUGUAUUACUGCAAGAAAUAAUUUGAUUUUCAGCACAGUGCAAAAGUUCUUUAAAAUGCCUAUGUCUUUUUUUUCUAAUUCCAUUUUGUUUUCAAGCACAUUUUAAAUGUAGUUUUCUCAUUUAGUAAAAGUUGUCUAAUUGA